ACCAAGUCAGAGAUGCAGGUUGAGUUCUUCGUGAGCGACAAUCAGGAGGUCGUCAAAGAUAUGGUGAACAUCCAGAUCGGAGACGUGAACGAUAACCCCCCCACCUUCCACGGGCAGCCGUACAGCGUUCAGAUCCCCGAG